AUGGCAGACACAGUAGGAAAGGUCAUCACCUGUAAAGCUGCAGUUGCAUGGGCAGCCAAGCAACCUCUCUCAAUCGAAACCGUUGAAGUUGGAACGCCACGAGCUGGUGAAGUUCGUAUCAAGCUUUUCGCCACUGGUGUUUGCCAUACUGAUGCAUAUACUCUAUCGGGUGCUGACCCUGAAGGAAAAUUUCCUGUGAUUAUGGGCCAUGAGGGUGGUGGAAUCGUCGAGUCUAUUGGUGAAGGAGUUACCUCUCUCGCUCCAGGAGACCAUGUCAUUCCCUUAUAUAUCCCUGAAUGUCGCAAGUGCAAGUUUUGUACCAGCGGAAAGACCAACCUUUGCUCCGUUGUUCGUGAAACACAAGGUGCUGGUUUGAUGCCCGACAACACUUCCCGUUUCACCUGCAAAGGCCAACAAAUCUUCCAUUACAUGGGAACAUCCACUUUCAGUGAAUACACUGUCGCCUUGGAAAUCUCAGUUGUAAAGGUCAACCCCACCGCUCCACUCGAUCGUGUAUGUCUACUCGGAUGUGGGGUUACUACCGGUUAUGGUGCAGCAGUCAUCACCGCCAAAGUCGAACCAGGAUCCAUCGUCGCAGUAUUUGGCUUGGGAGGUGUUGGACUCUCUGUCAUCCAAGGAGCCAGAAAGUGUGGUGCCAAACGAAUCAUAGGAAUUGACAUGAAUGAAACCAAGUUUGACUUGGCUAAAAAAUUGGGAGCUACCGAGUGUGUGAAUCCGAAAGACUUUGCUGGAAAGCCAAUUCAAACAGUUUUGGUGGAGAUGACUGAUGGUGGUGUCGAUUAUUCGUUUGAAUGUAUUGGAAAUGUAGAUGUCAUGAGAGCUGCCUUGGAAUGCUGUCACAAGGGAUGGGGACAGUCCAUCAUCAUUGGAGUCGCUGCAUCGGGACAAGAAAUCAAGACUCGUCCAUUCCAAUUGGUCACUGGUCGUACAUGGAAGGGCUCUGCUUUUGGUGGUGUAAAAGGAAGAACCCAGUUGCCAGACUUUGUCGAAGACUAUCUUGGUGGCAAACUGGAUCUUGACUCAUAUGUAACGCAUAGUUUCAGUCUGGACGAUAUCAACAAGGCCUUUGAUGUGAUGCACGCUGGAGAAAGUAUCCGCUCGGCGGUCAACGUGUACUCCCCUUUACGGCCAACAAAUCACCCUGUAUCCAGCAUUUCAGCUACAGUUAUUUUCGCACAUGCUACUGGCUUCUGUAAGGAGACAUGGGAGCCUACAAUUCAACGACUCUUCGAAACUUCACCAAACGUGGAAACCUGUGUAGCAUUUGACGCCAGAAAUCACGGAGACAGUGCGCUCUUAAAUCCCCAAUUCAUUAAAGACCAGUCGCCGCCACCGAUGGAAUGGGAUGUAGGGGGUCAGGACUGUGCUAAAGUUGUGGACUUCGUGCUGAGUUUAUGGAACGCUGCUGACGCCAAGAAACCGCUCGACAGAAAGAGUGGUAAAAGGCGAGUGCUCAUUGGUUGCGGGCUCUCGUUUGGUGGCGCCCAAAUUGCUGGAUCUGCUGCUUUGAGAACGUCAGCAUACUCUGCCCUUGUGUUGAUCGAGCCUAUAAUAUACCCCAUGGUUACUGAGGAACCCUCCCAGCCUGUUAGAAAUCCUCUCGCCGAAUCCGCUGGCAGAAGAAAGAAUGGCUUCUCGUCGCUGCAAGAGGUCUACGCCAACUUCACGAGUAAAGGUUUUUUCAAAGUAUGGCAAGACGACGCCCUAUGGGCUUACAUAAACGGAGCAUUCUACGAAGAAGGUGGUAAAUACUGGUUGAAAUGCACGCCAGUCCAGGAAUCAGCCUCGUUUUGGGGAUCUCGAACCUCGACUGUCUUCAACAAGUUACCGGCCAUUCAAGCACCAACGUACAUCGUGUCAGCUACAAAACACAAUCUAGCCGAUCUCCCAAUCAAGCUACCUAGCGGUGAAACAAUCGGAAAGGAUGCCGGUAUCGCCAAAACUCUGCCUCGAUGCAUUGAAGUGGUUCGAGUUGCAACUGGCCAUAUGAUACCGCAAGAGGACAAAGAGUUCGUUGCCAAGUACAUCAACAAGGUGGUACAACAGACUGAAGACCGGGUCAGUGAAGGUAUCAGAAUGAUGCCUGGCAAGCUUUAA